GCAGAAUAAAAACUUUCAUAAUUAAAGAAAAAAAAGAAAAAACUUAUGAGCUAUGUGAUUCUUUGCCACUAGGUGGCAGUACUCGCUGUCUGAAAGAGAGAGGGGAAAGAGCUAAUGUAAGAAAGGAGAAAUGAGAAAUCACUCAGCAAGUCUCGAGUGCAGGUUUCAGAGAUGGUGAAGAGAAAGCAGAAGCAAUUCAUCAAAAAGUGUGGUGAAAGAUGCAAACACAGAAAACAGGGAGUUUAAAUGUGUUUGAUAAAUGUGCCUAAGAGUUGGCAGAUGGACUCAACCUCACUGAUCCCUGACGCUUAAUUUCAAAAGGCCAGCAGAGUAAUCAGGUUCACUUUAAAUAACUGUCAUGCCAGUUAGACAAGAGAAAGAUGAGGUGCAGUGACUUUAACUCUCAGAUGAGGCAAGGAAAAAAAAAAAGGAUGAUUUGGAUUGUGAUGGAAAUCCGAGGAGAGGGAGCAGUAUUUCCAGUCUGAAACUUGACUUCUUUUCUUUAAAAAAGCAGAGAAAUCAGAGAAAGUGAGGAAACAAGUUUAAGAACUGAGCGUCUUUCAACACUUGCUGCUCAAUUUACACCACCCUUCUUUCUAACAGGGGAGACAGAUGCAGGCAGGUGGAGUGGAGUGGGGUGGGAGUGCUUCCCGAGGGGGCUCAGCAUGCAUCUUAGUUCAGUAUUUAGAAAACAUUUCCACAUUUUGCCUCUUUGUUCACCGUCUCAGGUACGCUGGAAUUUUCGGACACCCACUCGAACAUGUCCUAUGUCUUCAUCAACGACUCGUCGCAGACCAGCGUGCCUCUGCUGCAGUCGUGCAUUGAUGGAGACCUGCCCUUUGCCAAGAGGCUGCUAGAGACCGGAUGCGACCCCAACAUCCGUGACAACCGGGGCCGCACCGGCCUCCACCUAGCCGCCGCCAGAGGGAACGUGGAAAUAUGCCGCCUCUUGCACAAGUUUGGGGCCGAUCUGCUGGCGACGGAUUACCAGGGGAAUACGGCGCUGCACCUGUGCGGCCACGUGGAUACGAUACAGUUCCUGGUGUCCAACGGGCUGAAGAUCGACAUCUGUAACCACAACGGAUCGACUCCUCUGGUGCUGGCGAAGAGACGCGGAGUCAACAAGGAUGCUAUUCGUCUGCUGGAGGGGCUGGAGGAGCAGGAGGUUUAUUCAAAUGUCUUUGGUGUGAAUUUUUCCCUCGCUGUCUUUAUUUCACACCUGCAGCCUUUCUGGCUGGAAACAGUUUUGUCAGGAUAACAGAGCCGACUGCAGAGAAACACCUGGGCUGAGUUUAGAUGAAGCUUCAGGUUUAACUGGGAUUAUGGCAGCAGAUUAAUGCUUCUUACUUUGUUGUAUAUUCAUUUUAUCUUAAUGUGCUUUUGUUAAAGGUUUUCAGUGUUUAUUCCAUCAAACAUUUGAAGUCAUUUAAUGUGCAAAAUGAAUAAAAUCAUGACUGUAAUCAUCA